CUGCGCCCGGCGCGGCCGGCGGGAGGGCGGGGAAAAGGGGCCUCGCCGCGGGAGGAGCGGCUCGGUGUCGGCAACAUGGCAGCGUCCAGCCGUGCCCAGGUGCUGCGGCUGUACCGCGCCCUGCUGCGGGAGAGCCAGCGCUUCAGCGGCUACAGCUACAGAAACUACGCCAUCCGAAGGAUAAAAGAUGCCUUUAGAGAAAACAAGAACAUAGCAGAUUCUGAAAAAAUAGAAGAGCUACUGAAUAAAGCCAAAGCAAACCUAGAGGUUAUUCAACGGCAGGUUACCAUUGACCAGCUGUAUGCCACAGAAAAAUUGGUCAUUGAGAGUCCGGGAAACACAUAGCCAAUAAAAGCCUCUGAUCCUGAAACAACACUGGACCAUCUUCAGCAUCCUACAGUGCCACGUACAGAAACUGCACAUGCACAUUUCUGAGUUUGUCUGUUCAGCAUAAGAAAUGCCUGAGAGACUGUUUUUGGCAACCAAAGUUCUAUUUUCUAAAGGGUCACAUGUUCUAAGAUAAAUGGCUGUGAUUUAUAAUAGUAUGUAAGGUAGUCUUAGAAUUUGUUUGCUUGUGUGUCCUAUGUGAGGGAAUAGCUCCUACCCUAUUUCAACAAUAAAACUUCAAUAAACUACCUGCAACCAGCUACAUUAUUUUGCUGCUGACCUUGUCUCUCACUGACCACGAAAAACAUGUUAGAUUUAAAACCCCUCAAAAUUUAAAACUCUUCACGCACUUACUAAGUUUUUAUUAAUCCAGUUUCACUUUAAAAUAUCCAGCUUCUGAACUAAAAGAGUAAGUAUAUAUUUUAUUUGAAGUAUUAAAACCAGAGAUAGUCAGAAUUUUUGUCUCCUGGACUUUGAUACUUAAAAAUAUCACAGGCUGCAUUGUGUGGUUUCCUUGAAGAGCAUCCCUUGACAUUUUAGGAGGUGACAUAAAAAAAUCACUAGUUCUUUCUUUAGUUUCCAAGAGUUAAUAACCAGUCUUGUCUUACUUUUAACAAUUAACUGAUCAGAAUAGCAGAAUGCAAGACUUGAAUUACUGAGGCUUGGGAGCUUUCAAAUGUUUUUUUACCACCAAGUCCUUUAAUUUAUUGAGGUGCAGCUAUUAGCAGAAAGCUCCACAUCACUUUAUCAAAGAUUUCCUUUUUUUCAUGAACAUCAUGAAGAAAAAGAUCCGAACUGGAACAGUAAUCAAGUACUGUAAGUCAUGAAGUGGCAACAAGCUUUGCCUAGAAAAAGUGCUCAGCAUAGCAUUUUAUUGAUUAUUCUUAAAUCCAUAGAAUGCUCAACACUUUUAGGACCACAGAUUAAUAAAAAAGCAAGCAACAAUUUUGAUCAGGUUUUGCUCAAGUCAUUUCUGUGCUUGAAUUUGUCUUCUAUUAGAAAUCUGCAGAAAAAUUAAGCAGUGCAAAGCUGGCAUACAGGAAGAAAAAAUAGUUUCCUUUUAUUUCAGUGAAUUGUUGUGGGGUUUUUUAAGUAGAGAAACAGAAACUCAAAACUACUUCCGUGGCAUUGUAGCCUUUGAAAUCCACCCCUUAUUUUUCUUGCUUCACAAAAUUCAUCUUUGUUUAUGUUCUUCUGUAUUGUUCAUGCUCUGUGAAAACAUUAUUAAAGCAGAGUGUCUAAUUAAAGUUUCUAAUUUAGAACAAGCUCCCAUUCCUCACUGCCCCUUAAAGUGUAUUUUACCAUAUUGUACAGUUAGAUGGAGAUGUAUAGUAAUGGAUUUCAUAUAGACAGUACAGGGUACAGAAUAAAAUAGUGUGUACCUGA